CGAAAGCCGCCACCAUUUAUAGCCUCGCGGUGACAAAACAAUCUUAUUAUGAGAUGUAAACUUUGCCUCGACUAGACCUGGAGGAUCAACACGCGCUCGUCUUGGCACUCUUUCCCCUCCGCAAUGUCCCGACUGGCACAGUGAACCGCGAGCCGCGUACCUGUGCCCGCGCCCUCGUUCCUCCGUGUUUGACGGUGUAAUAGAAGCUCCGGGGUCCGCUCAGCAUAAAUAAAGGUGAGGAGCUCAGCACUGAAUUAAAUCACUCGCCGCUAAAUGGAUCUGUGAGAGUCUCUCCUGACGCAGUCAGCAGCCGCUUCGUGCGCCUCUCAACCCCCGAAGACAGAAACACUGGGAUUCUUUUUUUUUUUACUUUUCAAUUUUAAUCUAAACAUAAAUAGCUCCAUGUGUCUUUGAACGCGUCCUGUUUGGCGACACGCAGUAAAAGCUGGCAGCUUCGAGUCGGGGGAAGAGGCGUCGUGUGCUCCGCGACCGUCAAAGCAGAGUUCAAAAGGAGGAAUCGGUGAACAUCCGCACUGCUGGAGGUCACCAGGGAUGCUUUCUCCCACUGCGGACUUCAACCCAGAUUCCCGAGGUGAAUGCAGGUUAUUCCUCCGUGCACAUGAGAGAGACUCAGAUAGGAAGACAGUGGCAGAAACAACAAGAUGAGACCAUUUAAUGAUGGUAUCCGCUGAGGAGGGAAGCACAAGCCAACCUGAGGCGGUUUUCACGGCAGGCAAACCUCAAUGAAAGAAACCCAGUGCGAGGGCUGAUUCUCAACAUCCUUCUGAUUGCUACAUGGGGACUUUACCAUCCAUCAAUGAGGAGGAGACAAAUAAAAGGAUUUUUUCUGGCUCGGAGAACAGUUGCACAUCCGGCUGACAUCCCAACAAAAUCUCAGCUGCACUGAAACCACUUCGGUAUCACCCCUCCUCUAAUUUAUUUUGGGCCCUUCACAUAACUCUCAGAGAAGCACCCAUGGCCUGCAGCUCAGGUGUGGUGAUGAGUGCCUUGUUUUGGUCUGUAGCCAUUGUGUAUUUGACUCGUAUCGGCAGAGUCAGCGGAGACUGCUGGCUAAUCGAGGGUGAAAAGGGCUUCGUAUGGCUUGCAAUUUGUAGCCAAAACCAACCGCCUUAUGAGGCCAUCCCGCAGCAUAUCAACAGCACCAUUGUGGACCUUCGUCUGAAUGAGAACAAAAUUAAAACCAUCCAAUAUUCUGCCCUGAGUCGCUUUGCCAACUUGACCUACCUGAACCUGACGAAGAAUGACAUCUCCUACAUAGAGGAUGGGGCCUUUUCCGCUCAGUUCAACCUGCAAGUCCUUCAAAUGGGCUUCAACAAAAUGCGGAACCUGACCGAGGGGAUCCUCAGGGGUUUAGGAAAGCUGCAGUACCUCUACCUCCAGGCCAACCUGAUCGAGACUGUGACACCCAAUGCCUUUUGGGAAUGCCCCAACAUCGAGAACAUUGACCUCUCCAUGAACCGAAUCCAGCAGUUAGACGGGUCCACGUUUACCAGUUUGACGAAACUGACCACCUGCGAGCUGUACACCAACCCCUUCAACUGCUCGUGUGAACUCCUUGGUUUCGUCAAAUGGCUCUCGGUUUUCCCAAACAGGACGAAUGAGCGGAUGGUCUGCGACUCCCCGCCCGGCGUCUCCGGUUACAGUUUACUGAGCCAGAAUCCGAACAAUCCGACGCAUCGGAAUGCACUUCACAUGCUCACCACCGUGUGUACCGACGACUAUGUGACACCGUUUAUUCUGAUGCCCACCGAGCCCAUGACCCCACCGCCGGACUUGACACUAUGCGGGAUGGAAGACUGUCCCUCGGGCACGGAGCCAGAGGACAUCACCAUCAGCAACCACAACGACGUGGAAGUGAACACCCUGAUGAAACUGAAGGAGGUAUCGAACACGGGUGCGACCAUCAUGGUUCAGAUUCCUCACCCCUUCAAGAAGAUGUACAUCCUGGUUCAGUACAACAACAGCUUCUUCACCGAUAUUCAAAACCUGAAAGCUAUAAAGGAGGACAUUGAACUAAAGAACCUCAAACCCCACACUAACUACACGUACUGCGUCGCUUCGAUACGCAACUCCCUUCGACACAACCACACCUGUCUGACAAUCACGACCGGCACUCUGAAAGGAAAGGUCACAGAUGUAAACAAUGCGAUGGCCACUCACUACAUUAUGACCAUUUUGGGCUGCCUCUUCAGCAUGGUCAUCUUCCUGGGCGUGGUCUACUAUUGCUUGCGUCGGAAGCGUCGGCAAGAUGAAAGGAACAAAAAAGCCGACAGCCUGAAGAAAAAUAUAAUAGAACUCAAAUACGGACAGGAGAUGGAGGGAGCCACUAUAUCUCGAAUGUCCCAGAAGCAGUUGUUGGCCGGGGAGAGCAUGGGACGUAUGCCGUACCUGCCAUCCGCGGCAGAAAUGGAGCAGUACAAAUUUCAAGAGAUAAGCGACACUCCGAAAAUGAUGAAAGGAAAUUACAUGGAGGUGCGAAGCAUGGAGCGCCAUGAACGCAGGGAGUGCGACAUGGGAAUGGCCGGGAACAGCCAGGGGUCGGUGGCGGAGAUUUCCACCAUUGCGAAAGAGGUGGAUAAAGUCAAUCAGAUCAUCAACAACUGCAUCGACGUUUUAAAGUCAGAGUCCACGUCUUUUCAAGGGAAAUCCGGCGCGGUGUCCACGGCGGAGCCCCAGCUCGUCCUAAUAUCGGAACACCCGCAGAGUAAAUCUGGCCUUCUUUCCCCGGGGUACACGGACAGCUAUCACCACUCCCUGCAGAGGCGUCGGACCUCGGACAUCUCGCCGAAGAGGCCCAGCACUGCCACGGGGGGGCCCAUGAGAAGCCCGCGACCUUACCGCUCGGAGUCCAAGUACACGGAGAAAAACUCCCCAAAAGGAGAGACCCUCCUCACCGCAACGCCCGCCGCCGCCAUCCUGAGGGCCGAGGCCGAGAGGAUCCGCCAGUACGGCGACCACCGGCACUCGUACCCCGACGCGCAGAUCGAGGAGCUCCGAGGUCCCGACGGCCACAAAUCCUCCAUGUUGGAGCCUCUCACUCACUCCCGCUCCAGAGAAUUAGCAUAUUCCCAGCUGUCUUCGCAUUACCACAAUCAGAGCUACUCGUCCAGUCCCGAGUACUACUGCAAACCCUCGCACAGCAUCUGGGAGCGAUUCAAACUCCACCGGAAACGGCACAAAGACGAGGAGUACAUGGCGGCGGGCCACGCGCUGCGUAAGAAAGUCCAGUUUGCAAAGGAUGAGGACCUGCAUGAUAUUUUAGACUACUGGAAAGGUGUAUCGUCCCAACAGAAAUCAUAACCUCUUUAAGGCGUUUUUUUUUUUUUAAAUGGACCGCACAUUGGCGAGAUGACACGGGAACCUCAUGGUGACGAUUGAUUUCAAUGGAUACUUCCAUAUUAUAAUCAACGACUCGCUCGCGUGUGUCACAUUCUCCUUUGACUGUGAGGAAAAUGGGUUCAAGAGUCUUUAGAUUGUCAUAUUGUGUAAAAGCAUUCAUCGGAAAGACUUUUAUCGAUUGAAGAGAAAAAAUAUAUAUAUAUAUAUAUAUAUAUGUUACAAUGGAUUAUAGGUUUUUUUGGGUAUCGCAUGGCCAAGUCCUGUGACAGUGGAUUUGCUGUUGUGUAAUAUGAAACUACUAUCUGAAGAUAUGUCUACUGAAACCUCAACAGUUUUUGAGGAAUUAUUUGGACCCUUCAUUCAAAAAAUAUUGUCUUCCCCUCCCCCCGCAUAUAUUAAAUUCAACAAAAUCUAUGUACAGAUAUGGAUAUCUAUAUUUGCAAUGUUUGUUGUGUAAAUGGAUGAAGUAUUAGUGGAGGAAUCAGGUUUAUCAAAUGGAGCUCUGUUGCUGAAGAACGGACACUUUAAACCUUUCAUUUUAACCAUCGCCGCCUGUUUUUUUAAAGAAAUAUUUUCCUUUUUUUUUUUUUUAAGCUCUUACAUGCAUUUAAAAGAUCCAGACGGAUUCAGUUUCAAUGUCCCCUUUCAUCACACGACGCAGUAUUCACUGCAUGGAAUCUGACAGACUUUAUGCAGACUUUAUGCUCCACGCUGAGAGGAAAGUCUCCAUCAUCAGUUUCUCGAACCAUCAUUUGUAUCUUUUAGUACCAAAAGUAUUAAAAAAAGCUGAAAUGUUUACAAUAUUUCUGUCUGGGAAUCGUAAAAAAACACACAGCGGUAAGUCUGUUUUUUCUCUCCUUUCUUUUGAUUGCAUCAGUUACUGAAAACAUUGGGAAACAUUCAUAUCCACAUCCAGAACACGGUACCGAGCGCCUCCUGUGAACCACUAACAUUCUGAAGGGGAGGCGGCUGUUCUUUGUCACCUGUUGUGUAGGUAGAGGCAGGAAAGCCCGAUGGAUGAAUGUAACAGAUACAUAUUCUGAUCUGUCUACGGCAGCUUUUAUGUACAAAAAUAUAGAUAUUUAUUUCUUGCUAUUAACGACUGUUUUUUUUUCUUCCUUUGCUUCAAUAUUUUUCCAGUGUGUUGAAUUGCAUAAUGUUUGAUCCGAUUAAUGCUGGAAGUAGUUUGUUCUCCGGAUGGGCCUUGUUGCUUGCUGAGACGUUUUUUGUUUUAUUUACUGCUAGGCUGUUAAUAAAUCUUUUUGUAUAUUAUAUGAAAGCUACGUACCAGACGAAAUAUCGACGUGCUAGAGUAAAAUUUCAGAAUUUGAAACUGAAUCCUCUGACUUACUGGCUGUGAAUUUGUAUAUCAUGAUUUUUAGUUUUUUUUGCAAAUAUUAAUAUUAAUAUAAUUUUUUUCUCAUUUGUGAGGUGUUUGUGUAACGUAUUCCAAAACGAGGCUCAUGAUGACUCACUCCAUAUUUUCACGGAUGAUCAAUUAAUCUGUAUUUCAAUCCUGAAGAAUUGUAAUAACGUAACAUUACGAGGGUUUAUUGAAAAGUAGAAAACAGCGUGAAUAUGAAACACUUCAAUAACAACGAAGGAAAAGCAGGACAGACCAACUCUAGAUGAUGACGGGGGGGGAGGGUGGAGACUCACAUAUUAUGAAACUCUUUAUUCUCCCCUUUGGGCAUUGAGUGUGUAAAAGUACAACUGCAGGCAUAAGUUAUCCCUUUUGGUAUUUUGUCCCGUCACAACGCUGCAUCCAUUUCAUGGACGUGUGUCAUAACGCUGCUUUUACUCAUUAAUGUGAGCUGAAGCAUUCAUGAGCCUAGUGUGAAUGUGUUAUGUAAGCGCCUUCUGAAGUGGUAACUUGGUUGUGUGACUUAAUAUUUCAACCGCCUUAAGAUUUUUGGGAUAUGUGUAUUAAGUGUACAUUUCCUUUUGUUUCAUUCCAAUGUUGAUAUUGUUGACGAGUCUCCAUUCGUUGUUGUUUUUAUAAAAGCGUUUCAGUAUCCUCUGAGAGCUGUCAGGUUUCUAGUUCAUUUAGCGACAUGUUUUUUUUAUACUGCGUAUUGUAGCACUUCUGUCACUUCUGUGUCUAAUAAGAGUGUUGAUAAAAACCUUUAGAAAGAUCAA